UAAAUUUCUACUAUUGCAACAGGUUGCUAGUGACAUGGAAAAAGGAACGUUUCAACGGGUUUUUUGUUGCUUUUGAGCAAAUCCUGCAUGGCUUGUAGUGUCCAAAACGUUGUCGCAGUUGCAGAUCCACCGCGGAAAGCGAUGACUGCCUGUCUUUUGUGCCUUUGUAUCAAUUUGUUCCGCGGUAAAAGAGUAGUGGUUAGCCAAGAGCUUUGCAGCACCAUCAUUGCUGAAACCCGCAAGAUGUGAUCAUUAAUAGGAUGAUAGUCUCGUGUUUGGAGGAUUUCCGCGGACAGGAAAUAAGCAGAGGAGAAAAGACGCCAAGAAGCUCCAAUUCUAAAUCCUAUAAGAGCACGGCACCUCGCAGCAAAGUACCGUUUCUUGGUAUCCUCGAGCACGACUACACAACAAGAAAGACAAUGUACAAGCUUCUUUUACUUCUCUCCACUGCAGCGCUCGUCAGCGCGCACGGCCAGCUCAAAGAACCUGCGCCCCUUUCUAAUAAGUUUGUCCGAAUCGGUGCAGACUGUGGUAAAGGUGCUGAUCUCGCUGCCGCAAAGGCUACUGGAAACUUUCAAGCUGGACAGGAAGCGACUGUCAAAUGGUUCAUCUUGAACGGUGAUGGUGGAGGUCCACUCCAAGUCGGAUUCGACACUACCGGAAAGGGCACAUCGUUCGAUGUCAAGGCCGCCAUCACCCAAGACGCACCCGGCCAGAAUAGGAAAGCACCCAAGGGCACGACAAAGCAAGCCCAUGACGUUAAAUUCACCGUUCCCGCCGACUUGAAUUGCCCCGAUACCGGAUGCGUCAUGCAAAUCAAGCAAGCUGGCAAUGGAAACGGAUUCGGAUCUUGUGCCCUUGUCAAUGUUAACGGUGGUGCCGGCGGUAAUGCCGCUGGGGAGGCUAAAGCAGUAGCAGCCGCGACGGCUGAAGAUGGAGCGGCUGCCGCAAAGGGCAAAGACGCUGCUGGCGACGCAAAGGGCAAAAAGGCUGCGGGUGACGCUAAAGGGAAAAAGGCAAAGGGUGCCGACAAGAAGGCCGCAAAGGCCAAGAAUGCGGCUGCCAAGAAGGCUGCUGCCAAAGCCAAGAAGGGAGCCAAAAAGGACGCCGCGGCCGCCCGUCGAUUUCGUCACCGUGCCCAAUAAUCAUCUACGAAUCGCUUGAAUGCCUAGAGAUCUGGUGCAGUCUGUAUUUAUCUUGUACAAAGAAGCAAGUCCCCACGCAAACACUGUGGGUGGAUGUUGCGGAUUUCUGUAAACAAUGUUGAAGUAUAUAUAUAUAUAUAUGAAAAAUACCAGCAUACUUUGCAAUGAUGUUUUGCUCAGUGCAAUAUUAUGCUACUACUAGG